CUAUUAUGACUGCAGACGAUAAACAAGCAGCUGAUUCUAUCAAAUCAUCAAAAGAAAGUGCUGCUUCUACCAGCACUGCAGCUUCACAAUCUCAAGUCGAUGUGCAGGACAAGGCAAGUGUCGAGCGGAUUGAAAAGAUCAUGGAAAAGUUGAAUACUCUCAAAAUGAUGCAAUCUCCUGCCAACGAAGCAUUGCAAAAAAAGCUUCCCAAAGAAGAUAUGAGCCAAUACAGGUUUUGGAACACUCAGCCAGUUGCUCGCACAGAUGAAGAAGUGAGCACAGAUGGUGUGAUUGAACCCAACAAACAGCCUGAAGAAAUCCAGCAAGAUCCUUACCCAUUGCACAAGGAAUUUGAAUGGACGUUGCUCAACUUUGAAGAUGAGCAAGAAAUCAAGGAUGUGUAUCAGCUAUUAUCCGCCAACUAUGUUGAAGACGACGAAGCCACGCUGAGGUUUGAUUAUUCUGCCGAGUUUUUGAAAUGGGCACUGAUGCCUCCAGGAUGGCGAUCUGACUGGCACGUGGGUGUACGAGCCAAAACAAGUAAGAAACUUGUUGGAUUUAUUGGGGCGACUCCUGCUACUGUAAACGUUCGCACAAAUAAAAUCCCAAUGGUUGAAAUCAACUUUCUUUGCGUUCACAAAAAACUUCGAUCAAAGCGACUUGCACCGGUUCUGAUCAAAGAAAUCACCAGACGAGUGAAUCUUGCUGGUAUAUUCCAAGCCGCAUAUACUGCUGGUGUGUAUCUCCCUACACCCGUGUCUACCUGCAGAUACUAUCACCGAUCUCUUAAUCCAAAGAAACUGGUCGAUACUGGGUUUUCCUACAUACCUCGCAAUAUGACCAUGGCGCGUAUGAUUCGUUUGUACAAGAUGCCCGAUGAACCUAAGACGCCUGGAGUGCGUCCCAUGACACUGGAGGAUGUACCUCAAGUCAAGAAACUGAUGAGCGAGUAUCUGUCUCGAUUCGAGCUCUUUCACGACAUGACAGAAGAAGAGAUUGCGCAUUGGAUUCUUCCAGUGGAUAAAGUCAUGUAUUCAUAUGUGGUCUAUGAUGACCAAAAGAAAAAAGUAACCGAUUUUUUUUCGUUUUAUUCUCUACCUUCGACUGUAAUUGGAAAUCCGGUCCAUUCGCAUAUCAAUGCUGCAUACUUGUUUCAUUAUGCACCCAUGGGUAUGGGAGAGGAUCCUGCGCGUAUUCAACUUCUUAUCAAUGAUGCUCUCAUUCUAGCUAAAAAGGCUGGAUUUGAUGUAUUUAAUUGCCUCGAGUUUAUGGAUAACCAUCUUUUCCUUGAAGAGCUCAAGUUUGGUAAAGGCAAUGGCGAUCUCAACUUUUAUCUGUACAACUACCGUAGCAGAAACAUUGACAACAAAAAGGUUGCUUUGUUUAUGGUGUGAUUCCUACAAUUGACUUUUAUAUCUGGAAUGUGCAUACUUGUGCAAUUUAGAUGAGUAAUAAUAAAAAUGGUGUGAGAGU